AUGCUGAAAUGGAAGAAUGGUUUAGGUUUAGGUUUAGAUUUAUUGGCUGUUGCAGGUUUUCGGUACAAGAAGGACUCUGUAAUGGAGGUGACUGAAAAAGAGUUCAAUAACUGCAAUUCAACAAGACCCAUUUCGUUUUCUAACAAUGGUCAUACAAAAAUUGAGUUUGAACGUUCUGGGUUGUUUUAUUUCAUUAGUGGCGCUUCUGGUCAUUGCCAACUUGGACAAAAGAUGGUAGUGAAAGUUAUGUCACCGGACGAAGAUGGAAAUAACCGGUCUUCUUCUUCUAUGUUGUCCGGUGCUUAUGGAGGAAUGAUGGCUAUGAUUCAUCUUGCUCUGUUUUGUUACUUUAAUUAA